AGGAGAGCAGAGCUGGGACUGGGACUACUUCAUGAAGAGGAGCCCGGAGGUGCCGCAUGGAUGUGAAGUCACAGACCCAGGGGGGGACGGGAGUGUUCUGGAAAAGUUGCAAAAAGGUUCCUAAUGAUGAAGAACCAGGCAAGGUUCCUCAAAAAAGCUUCACCCUUCUAAGGAAUGGAUGAGCCAAGAGCUGGUGUAGACCCCAUAGUAGAGGAACCUGGAUCUUCUCCUCUAGCGUUUGCUAAAAUGACUCGCCCGGUAGUGACCUGUGACGUCCAUGGUGCCAAGCGAAGCAAGCGACAAGAAGAUCAAAGCUCCGAACUCAUAGAAAACCUCCACGAAGAGGGCCAUCUGCAUGAUGAAACUUCUUCUCAAGAUGGACCCGUGAAGGUGAAGGGGCAAGAAGUUCUUAAUGACCCUUAUGAGAUAGACAUAGAGACUCUAAAGGCCGACCUUUGCAUCUCCAACCAUAGUAUGGACACGUGUGUGACCAUCGCUGCAGAGAAUGCAGCUGCUGGUGGCCAUGUUGAACCUGGACCAUCUCAUCCUAUAGAUAGGGUUGACUCGCUUCAUGGUUUGCCAAGGUCUUCGUCUGGUUCUGGCCAAUCUCAGGUUGAGGACGAUGAUGAUGAUCCUGAGAAAAAUCUUGAAGGAAAUGAGACAAAGGAGCCGGUAGAGUCCUCCAAACUUUUACUAGACCAUGAGCAGGAGGAAUGUCCCAUAUGCACCGAGCUAUAUGAUACCACCAAGCACAAGCAGUCCUUGCUCCACUGCAACCAUGUCUUUUGUGACGACUGUAUCAGAACCAUGGUCAACACCGCUAAUCGCACCAACCUCUGCCGGGUGACAUGCCCGAUCUGUCGGCAGACGACUCCCAUGUUGGAAUGGGAGGUCCAUAAGAUGCAGGAGCAGAUGAUGAUGGAAAGUGGAGGUGUCUGCAUUGAGCCGGACUACGUGCCUGCGCAGGCGCUGGUCAGAAGACCUGGACUGUGCGGAGCUCUGGAGUACAGGUUUCACAAACGCUUCCGAAGUGGGCGUCUUUUCCUCCUCCGGCCCUGUCUCCGCAAUCCCCAGGGGUUAAUGACCCGGCUGAACAGGUUGGAGCAUCGCUGCCGCUGCUUGUACCUUUUUGCUUUGAUGUUUUUGCUCUUUGCUGAGUUUUUCUGCUUUUUUUUCCUCUUUCUGCCGAUUCUGGUGUUUAUUUUGAUGAUUCUUUUUGGCAAGUGAGACAAUAAAGCCACAUUGGAUAUCGCUUUCUAUUCACCGCUUACCCUGGUUCAGACGGAACCAGACCUUCAGGCUGAUGUCUGCCAAACCCGCCCAUUUAGGGGCAAUCGGUUGACCAACGAACUAACUGCCGUCUGACCCUUUUGUUCUCAUGCAUGCUCAGCCGAGCCUAGGGAGUAUGUGUAUGGAGGGAGCU